AUGGUAGGCAGCAGCAAGGGCAGAUUGCAAAGAGCUUCAGAGCCACCUCUUUUCAUUGACCAGAUUCUGAUGGGCAAGAGGGAUAGAGAAGACAUCACUGCAGAAGAAGCAACAAAUGAAGUGCUACUACUAGUCAGAGGGCUGGCUGGGCCCUCUACAAUUUCCCAAAUCAGAGAGUUGAGUUUGGGCUGUUUGUGGUGGCAGGAUGCAUUUGCUGAAAGUUCUAUGUCCAUUGGUUUAGAUUGUGCAGGCAAGGUUAAAGAUGGGGCUGGAGUAACAACCAUUAACUCCGAAGACUGA